AUGAAUAGAAUCAUAAGAAUCAGCAUUCUUGUUCCUUUAUUCAUUAUUUUAUUCAUCAUUUGGCGACGAAAACACGACGAAAUAAGAGACCAAUAUAAAGAAGAAAUUGAUGUUAAAUUUCAAUAUGAAGAGAAUGAUUUGAUUAAAGACGAGUUCAGGGUUUUCAAUCCUGGAAUUAAAUAUAUCAACGGAUCAGUUCUCACCGUUUUACGAGUCAACUGGUUGUUCAAAGAUUCGAACCCAAAUUUUAAAAACGGCCGUUCCGAAUGGCGCAAGAACAACUCCCUCAUUCUAGCGCAGCUAGACAGAAAUGGGCUUGUCACGAAACUUGUCCCCUUCCAGCCCUUCGAGGAUUCCUACGACUGCGAAAUGGAUCCUGAUUGGAUUGAUGGAGGCCACGGUCUUCAGGAUCCAAGAAUUAUUUCUCAGAAAAAUACGCUGAAAAUACUCUUCAAUGCUCGAAAUCAGAACAAAGAACCUUUUCAACCGUGCUUUGGCGAUAUCAAACGGGGGCUUUGGAUGGCAGAACUAUCCAAAAACCUUGAAAUCAUGAAUGCAGCUAGAAAAUUAAGCGAAAUCAGCUUGGGAAAAUGGGAUAUUGAAAGAAAUUGGACGCCAAUUGAUGAUGAAAACGCAGAGGAAGAGAUUUUUAUUUACAGUUUUUAUCCAGAACUGAUUGUUGUGAACACAACAGCCUCAGAGGUUGACUUCAAAAUAUUUCCAACCGUUGGGAAAUUCGAAGACACUUUCAGAAGCGUCGCCGAAAUCGCAAAAAUCGACGCUGAGGAAGCGAAUAAGAAGAUUUCUCUACAUGGUUCUUCUCCUUUGAUUAGAUUGAACAACGAAGAAUUUCUGGGAAUCUUACACUGUCACUUUGCACCAGAAAAUGACGAUUCGCGUGUUUAUAUCAAUUAUUUCUUCAAAAUGAGGAUUUCCACCGACUACGAAUCCUUCCAAAUAACCAGCUCGGGCUUCAAACCCCUCCCGCUCGUAUACGAAAUCGAUGAAAAAUUUGAAAAAUUAAAUCAAGAGAAAAAGCAGUACAGAGACAACUAUCUGUCGAAGAAUAAGAUUGUUUUUGUGUCCGAUAUGACAAGGUUUGAGAGACUUUUUCCAAAGAAAAGGAAAAUCACUCCCGAUGAAAUGGAGAGAAGAAAUGAGGCCAAAAACAGGCUAGAGAACGCAAGAGUCUUUCAGAGAAAUGUCGAUGAGACAACAAUUGCUUCGAGAUUCGCCAUCGAUUCAAACAUACGAAAGAAGCACAAUGAUUCGGAUAUCAAUUAUCAGACAACGCCAACGACUCUCGAUUUCAAAAACUUCAUCCUCUCCUACUCUGAAACUCUUCAGCAUCAAUCGCAAAACAUGAAAGUCAUCGGCAAACUUCUCAAAGAAGACCAUUUCUACGAAUCUGGAGAUCGAAAACGCGCUGAACAAAAGAAUAUCGUCCAAAAUAUGUUUGAUGGAUUUCGAUACACAAACCCGCUGCUCAAAAAUCUCGGAACACUAAAAAUUCCCAUUUCUGAAGGAAACAAUUUUUUGCAAACUGAAUAA